UUUAGAUUUAGAAGAUAAAAUUUUUAUUGAUAAUUUAGAAAAAUUUUCUGAUAAAAAAAAUGAUGAAAAUUUAUUAUUAGAAAUUAAUGAAACAGUAGAAAAUAUUAAAACUAAUGAAAUUUUAGAAGAUAUUGCUCAAAUUUUAGAAUAA